AUGAUUGCUUACCCAAGCAUUUUUGUUGUUGGAACUGUUGGAAAUUUGCUUGUUGUUUGGGUUGUUGUUAAUUGUAAGAAGAUGCAGACUGUCACAAACGUAUUCAUUGCAAACUUGGCAGUCUCUGAUCUUUUGGUUUGCUUCAGCUCAAUAUGGUUAACCCCUUCAUAUACCUACAUUGGACACUGGAUUUGGGGUGGUUGGCUUUGUUAUUCUUUGCCUUUGUUCCAAGGGGCAUCAAUUUUUAUCUCUUCACUUUCGUUGACAGCUAUUGCAUUAGAUAGAUAUUGGGUUAUCUGUUUGGCACCACCAAAUAGGAGUGCUACACAAAUGCAUACUUCCAAACAAGUUUGUAUAGCUGUAAUUGUUCUCAUUUGGUGUGUUUCUAUUCUCCUCGCCUUGCCUUAUGCUGUUCACAUGAGAAUUGCUCAAGGUGUGCAUCCAUCCACCUUACUUAGUAUAUUAAAAUUCAUUUUUAAAGUUCAAUGGCCUUGCCAUUUCUCCCUUUGUGUUGAAGAUUGGGUUGAUUUGGAGGAUUUGAGGAGUGUUUAUGGGUUUGUCCUUCCAUUUGCAAUUAUUGGAAGAAGUUAUCGUCUUAUUUGGAGGUUUAUUGAAUCUAGACGUGCCCAACUUCUAAGGCCUAUAAGUGAGGCACAAAUGAAUAGAAAACAGAGAUUGCUUAGAAUGCUUGUUAGAAUGGUUCUGGUUUUUGGGUGUUGCUGGCUUCCUUUUAAUAUCCUCAAUUUGUUAAGGGAUCUUAGAAUGGAUGCCUGGCUGAAGCCCUAUUUCUCCUUCCUUUUUCUACUUUCCCAUUUACUCUCAAUGGUUGUACCUGCAGCAAAUCCUCUUUUAUAUGCCUGGAUGAAUAGUGCUUUUCGAGAAUCUUUUCUGCGAGCACUUCCACUCGGCGGAAGAUUGAGGAAAAAAUUGGAAAUGAUGGAAAUUGGAACUGUUGGGACUGGACAGAUUUGUGGAGGAACUACAAGUUCCGAGGGAAGAGGAGGAAGGGAAGAAUUUCAAACAGACAAUUCCCAACAACAACAAUUAAUUAGUAAUAGAAAUUCUCGAGAAUUUAGAACUCAAAGAAUCUCUUCAACAAUUUCACUUCGUUAUUCACCUAGUAAUCUCUCCAAUUCUCACAAUUAA